CUUGCUAAGUUAAAAAUCAAGACACAACAAAACAAGUGCAUGCGUUUUUGGAGUCUCUCAAUCUCACACUCCAUUUUCAUUCCAUUUCAAUUCAACGUAAAAACAUAACAUCUUCCGAAACUUUCAUCGAUCGGAUCGGCUCGGCUCGGCUGGACCUUCAUCGCCGCCGAUUGCUGCCGCAGCUCCGGCCACCGUCUCACUUCCCUUCUUCAGUAGUGUGGUUUGGUUCAGUUGCAAAGUUCAAGAGUUUGAGAGGGAAAUUGUUAACUGAGAAAGAUGGUAAAGUUGACUAUGAUUGCUCGUGUUACUGAUGGUCUUCCAUUGGCUGAAGGACUAGAUGAUGGCCGCGAUCUUAAAGAUGGUGAAUUUUACAAACAGCAAGUCAAGGCUUUGUUUAAGAAUCUAUCAAGAGGGCAUAAUGAGGCGUCGAGGAUGUCAGUUGAAAGUGGUCCUUACAUUUUCCAUUAUAUUAUAGAAGGACGGGUAUGUUACUUGACAAUGUGUGAUCGAGCAUACCCUAAGAAACUAGCAUUUCAAUAUCUUGAAGAGCUCAGAAAUGAGUUUGAGCGUGUUAAUGGGGCUCAAAUCGAGACUGCUGCCAGACCUUAUGCAUUCAUAAAGUUUGACACAUUUAUACAGAAGACUAAGAAACUUUACCAGGAUACCCAUACACAGCGCAAUAUUGCAAAGUUGAAUGAUGAACUCUAUGAAGUCCACCAGAUUAUGACUCGAAAUGUGCAGGAAGUUCUUGGUGUUGGUGAACAGUUGGAUCAGGUCAGCCAAAUGUCCAGUCGCCUAUCAUCAGAAUCUCGCAUAUAUGCUGACAAGGCCAAAGAUUUAAAUAGACAGGCUCUAAUUCGAAAAUGGGCCCCUGUUGCUAUUGUUUUUGGAGUUGUCUUUCUGCUUUUCUGGCUCAAGAACAAAAUUUGGUGAUCGUGCUCAGCAUGACGUGGUAAACCUGGAUUGUGUGGCUAUGGCUUGUCUUCCUCAUAUACCACUAUCAAAAUUUGCUCAGUUUUGUGGGAACCCUACAUAAACUAGGUGAUGUCUAUUUUUUGUAGACAAAUUAUGAAAAAAAAAAAUCCUGUGUUACUUCUGAGAAAGGGUGGAUCUGGAUCUGACUUUCUGGUAUAGAAAACUUUUACCUUUAUAUUAAGGAGCUGAAACAUGAGAAAAUUGGAUCCCCUUGGGGAUGCAUAUAAACAUUUCUUCUUACUACCCAAUUAAUUUUCAGGAUUAUUGUGUUAAAAAGUUAUAUAUUUCCCCUAUAUAUUUUGUCCCCCCUUUAUUUGAACACCUGAAGUAGAACUGCAUUUUGUAUGGUUACUGUAAUGAGUUAGCGAGGAAUGUUUUAGAAUGGUAAA